GAUUAUAUCUUGUAUAUUUUUUAGGUCUAAGUGCCUGCGAAAGAAAGUCUUUCAUAUUCCUGAGAAAAGAAUUGCCGGUACGGCUCGCUAAUAUUAUGAAAGAGAUCCACUUGCUGCCGGACAAUCUGCUGAAGAUGCCUAGUGUGGGUAUCGUGAAUAACUUAUAUGCUACUUCCUUCGAGGAAAUAAUACACUUCGAGAAAGUUGAAGUCAACGAGACCACUUUAGACAAAUUCUGCCAAGCUCUGAUAAAGAUCCGGAACAGACACACCGAUGUCGUUCAAACGAUGGCGCAAGGCGUUCUGGAGCUGAAGGAGUCCCAUGAUGUGGAUGUUCAGACUGAAAAUAGCAUACAGUAUUUCCUGGACAGAUUUUUAAUGUCCCGCAUUUCCAUUCGUAUGCUAAUCAAUCAGCACACGCUCCUUUUUGGUGGACAGUUGAACGGGCACAGUAGACACGUAGGAUGUAUAGAUCCGUCCUGUGACGUGAUCGGCGUCAUUAAAGACGCUUACGAGAACGCACGAUUUUUAUGCGAUCAAUAUUAUCUGGCUAGUCCGGAAUUGAUAGUCAAGCAACAUAAUGAGCUUGAACGCAGUAGUGAAAUUAGAAUCAUUUACGUGCCGAGUCAUUUGUAUCAUAUGUUAUUUGAGAUCUUCAAAAACAGCAUGCGAGCCGUGAUGGAGCACCAUGGAUCGGAUUCGGACAAUCAUCCACCGCUCGAGGUUCUGCUGGUGCGCGGUAAAGAGGAUAUUUGUGUGAAGAUAUCCGACAGAGGUGGCGGCAUUCCUCGUUCACAAACGGACCAUUUAUUUAAGUAUAUGUACAGUACCGCCCCACAGCCGAGCAAAUCGGAUGCACACACGGUACCCUUAGCAGGAUACGGUUACGGUUUGCCAUUAUCUCGGCUCUACGCCAGAUAUCUGCACGGUGAUAUCGUGCUGCUUAGUUGUGAGGGUUACGGAACAGAUGCUAUUAUUUAUCUGAAGGCGUUAUCCACCGAGGCGAAUGAAUUGUUGCCAAUAUUUAACAAGACUUCGUCGAAGUUUUACCGCAUGCCGAUACCCAUUGCGGAUUGGAGCAGCCAAUGCGGUGGUGGGAUGGCCACGAGGCAACUUACUAUGAGUCACACUCAGGGCCACAGGCUUCCCCAUGGGAUGGAAAUCACUCAUUUAUAGCAGAAUGCGAUCGAUGCGGAUCAGGAAACGAUUGGGGAGCUCAGAAAGAUUUUUUAACUGUAAAUCACAAAGAAUGCUUUAAUAGGAAAGCUAGAUCUGCAUUUGAAGUUAGGACAAAUGUUGAAAAAAUAUUCUCUACAAAUAUGAAAACAACUAGUUAUUAAGCAAAUGAAGUACUAUAUUGGCCAGAAAUAAUAUUGAUAAUCUUCCUUGUGCCCGCAAUUACAUUACAUAUCAAAUUAUUUAUACAGAUUUAACAAUUGAAUUUUUUUUUAACACUUUUUCUGACACAGUAAAAGAUUAUUCACUACGUGUUUUUAGCGAGAACACUUUCACAGGGUUUAUUCGAGCCAAAUAAAAAGAAAAACUAUUUUAAAAAAUUUCGAAGGAGAGGAAUGAAUGAUUUUAUAAUGAAGCGUCUAGAUGAUUGGAUUGUGAUUGUUUAUAAUAUUAGGUUUUGUAUAGCAAAGUGGGUUUAAACUUCUCGUUAAUUAUACUACAGAUAACAUCAAAGAGCAUUUCAAUUUAUGAAGACGCAUUUUUGUUACAUUAAUAAGCAACUCCGAUAAUACAUCCUAGAUCACGUAUCCUGAAUCUAUUCAUAAAAAUUAUUCGACAUACUUAUUAUUAUUAUAAUUACUUGACAUAAUUAUUUGACAUACUUAUAUUAAACAACGAUACAUGAUGAUGUGUAUUAAUAAUAUAAAUAUAAUUUGUUGUUGUGAUUUCUUUCUGAACAAAAUUUAAAAAAUAUAUAAUAUGUUUAGAAAAAAAAA